CUUCGGGCUUCGGCGAUCAGUCCGAAGUGAAGGUGCAACCGAAGCAACACGUUCCAUUUAGUAUACCAACGACCAUAGUGCCGGGAGGACUCGCUACCUUUUACGUCUUGUUUCAUCGUGUAUAAAUACGAUAGGUUCAUACGCGUGUGCGUGAAUUAAUAGAUAUUUCUCUGAUGAUUUUUGUAUUUCUAUUUAUGUAAAUGUGAUCUCGUAUGCGUUUAUUAUCAAUAGAUAUGUGCUUCAGAUAAUGUUGAGUCAGUAUAAUCGUCGGUUUUUAUUUCAUAAAGCCUAACCGUGACCUUAAUCCGACUUCUAUGUAACGUUAAAACGUUACAGUUCAAGAAAUGAUAGAGUGAUCCUUUCACAGAAAAGUUGUACAGAGAGUUUGAUAAGCGACAGCUCUCGUUGACUUUACACGACACUAUACACGCGCAUAGGAUACGUGUAUACAUCAUUAUGACGUAUUUACGUUCAAUCGGAGAAGUGAUUGGCUUCCUAGUACUGUCUAUUAUUGCAAUAUUGAAGGGCGUUACCAGGUCAUUUAUUCCCAAAAGGUAUAAGAUGAAAAGCAUAGAUGGCGAAAUCGCUCUCGUGACAGGAGGUGGCGGUGGAUUGGGCAGGCUUCUUUCCCUCAGGCUGGCCAAUCUGGGUGCCAUUGUCAUCGUUUGGGAUAUAAAUAAAAGCGGCAUCGAGGAAACCAUUAAAUUGGUCCGGGCGAUCGGAGGUACAUGUCAUGGUUAUGUCUGUGACUUAUGCGAUCGGGAGGAUGUAUAUAAAAAAGCCAAAAUCAUCAAGGAAGAAAUCGAUAAGGUAACGAUACUUAUUAAUAAUGCGGGCAUUGUUACGGGAACGAAAUUGCUGGACACUCCGGACGAACUUAUCAUCAGAACAAUGGAUGUUAACAUCAUGAGCCAUUUUUGGACCGUAAAGGCCUUUCUUCCAACGAUGUUAGAGAAUAAUAAAGGACAUAUCGUGAGCGUGGCGAGUUUGGCCGGGCAAUGUGGAGUUCCCAAAUUGGUAGAUUAUUGUACAUCUAAAUUUGCGGCUAUGGGAUUUGACGAGGCUCUUCGGAUGGAACUUGAGUACGAAGGAUACGAUAUCAAUACAACGGUCGUAUGCCCUUACUUCAUCCGUAGUACCGGUAUGUUCGACGAUGUUCAAUCAAGAUAUAUUCCAACUCUGAGUCCAAACACCGUAGCUGACAAGAUCAUAACAGCAAUGAGAUGCAAUGAGAAGUAUGCCAUUAUUCCAGGCUACUUACAAAUUCUGCUAGCUUUAAAGUGGAUGUUUCCGUGGUCGUGCUCCGCCAUGCUGCUUCGUGGAUUAGUCAAAGAUGCUUCACCGGGCCAUGCGGAUGGCGCAUGUGCAACUACAGCUACAAUUAUAGCGGAGGAAACAUGUAUUGUUUCAUCAUCAAAAGAUCAAAAAACUAUCCAUCAACAAUUGACCAGACGUAUCUCCAGCUCCGAGAGAAAACCUUAAACUUUCUCGUUCUGCUUUGGUUUUAAUAUUUUUGGUUUAAGAUAUUUGUUGUCAAAUGCACUUCUAUUUUGUGUGGUAUUAGUGUUGGCCUUUAAUUUUUUGUAUGUUGAUCUUACAAAUAUUUUAGCUGUCAGCAAAAAUAGGUAAAUAUAGCAAGGUUGAUUGAUUUAGUGUAAACGUAAAAAACUUCCACAUAAACGAUGAUUUCGUAUCGAUUAAGAAAAAUAGAUGAAUAAUAUAUUCUGUUACAAAAAUGUGAUAUUGAAUCUGUAAAUAAUAUUAGUAUUAGAUAUAUAAGAAUAAUAUAGUCAAAUGUUCGUUUUCUUAACAUCUUAGUAUUUUAACAUUUUUUUCUGCGCUAUUCCGUCACUAUUUCACAUUUGUGAUUACGUGACCAUGAUACCAUAAAAUGAGAAAGCAAGUAAAAGUAAAAGAACAAACUGUUUCUAAUUUCACUACAUAUAAUGCAAUCAACGCACAACAACGUGUUUAUCCUACACAUAUGCAUUAAGUCUGUUCGUUUUGCUCGCACUCUUUAAAAUUUUUUGCACUUGACACGAGAUAAAUAUACAUAUAUUCGUUAAAGAAAGAGAGAGAGAGAGAAAGAGCGAAGAAUCUAAGUACGGAAAGGACAAAUAAAACGAAUGUCCUAAUGCAAUUCGAAUAAAAAUUAAACAGAUUCAUUAAGAGUAAGAAAGUUAUUUGGUCUCGAUAUGUUAAGAAAUAUGAAAGUUCGACUGUAUUAGAGCGAGAAUAUCUAAUUUGAUACUAAUAUAUAUAAAGUUGCAGAAGCUUGUACCAUAUAACUACAAAUGUCUAACAAUUCUACAUAAUUU